ACAGAACAAGUGACCCCAAACGACCUAAAAACCGCCGAGGAGGACGCGUGGGACCAGUGGCGAUUCCAGCUGAUCAACGAGGGAAGCGAACAUCGAGGCGCGGAAACGGUCCUCCCAAACUAAGAGACAUGGAAAAGCCGCCGCGGUCUUCCGCUCACUUACAGGAUGACCCAGGUGCUCACGAGACACGGCGUGUUCGGCGAGUCCUGAGGAAAUACGGAUGGGAGACGACGAACAUCUGUCACCACUGCGGGGAGAACAGGGAUGCGGCGCAGCACACGCUGGAGUUUUAUCCGGCGUGGGAGUUGUUCCGCUACAUCCUGUGGCACGUCGUAGGCGAAAGAUCGAGCGUCUCGGCGAUCGUAGAAGCGAUGUUUAGUUAUAAGCGAUCAUAGAGUUAUGCUCGCAAAGGAGCGAGUAGAAAGAGAGUGAAAGAGAAACUCUCACCCUUGUAGGAUAACGCAAUGGAGGGGGAUGGCGGCCAGGCGGCCUAGAGCCGCUUCAUCGUCGUCCCAACGGACCACGACCAGAAGGGAGGAUAGCGCUAGGGGCAAUAGCCCCCUCUCCCUAACGCCAAAUUCAACAGUCAAGGAAUUGUUAGUACUGGCUCUAACAAGAGGACACGGGAAGGGGGUGCAAUAGAAGAUAAUUUAUAAGAGGUUCCUGGAGCACUCCUGUCAUACGGGUAGAAUGGUCAUCGUGGAGUUUUAGUCGGUAAGAGUCCGACACUACUCUGCUGUUACCGAUUAUUAACAGAAGUGGAGUGUCCAUGAGGAUUUCUUCUCGUGCAAAAAGGAAAAAAGAAAAAUGCUCCGUCGACAUGUCCGACCUGCCGAGAACCAUACACCAUUUGGAGAUGUGACAGUUUCGAAACCAAAUCUUUUGUCGAGCGCCUUAAGGAUGUUGAAAGAACAUCUCCAUGCAUCAAUUGCCUGCAGAAAGGGCACUCAGUUCCAGAUUAUCACGCCGAAUCAUGUCGUAUGUGCGGAGAAUGGCAUCACACGAUGCUGCAUAAGACCAAACACCACUAGAAGUCUCGUUCCGUCACAUCCAGUCGAAACUCUUCUCCGUCAAGCAGUCGAUCCGCGACACCCUCUUCGCAACCCUACUCAUCACCUACUCGUUAUCGAAAAUCCACAACAAACUACAGAUCGGAGACACCACAAACGUCUCCAAGCCCAUCCUCUAGCCAUCGACAAACACGAUGACACCGACAAUCGACGAUUCCAAUGACGAUCGAAUAUAUUAACCCAGUAGCAUCCGUCUCAUUACACAACGAUCUGGUAAUCACGGCUCAGAUCAGCAUUUUGCACGAUAGACAACAACCAAUCCAUUGUCGAGCGCUGCUCGACAUUGGAUCUAGCAUGGACUUCAUAAAAGGUAAAGGAAAUUUUGGUCCCAAUUGGAGCCCCCACACCUUAACGACGAUUUCUAAGCUCUACAUUACGAUCACGCCCACUUCCAUUGACGGUACUUACGAACACACAUUGACGUUCCCCAUUAUCCCGACCAUAUCGACCUUAAACCCAACUCAACCCAUCGAUCGCUCGACACUUAACAUACCCAGGAAUCUCCGAUUAGCCGAUCCACGAUUCUACUUACCAGCCCCGAUCGAUGUCUUAUUGAGCUCGGGAAUCAACAUUUGCGUCGAUGUGUGUCGGACAUAUCAAUUUAACGCAGCCGGACAAGUCCGAACUGCGUCUGCAAAAAGCGCGAUUCAGAUGGGUCAUCGGAGCCUAACUUCCCAAACCGCGACAAACACAUUUCACGCAUCCACGAUGGCUCUACAAGCGGACCUCGCGCGGUUUUGGGAAAUCGACGAAGGACCGCCGAUUAAACAUAUUUCAGACACAGAUCGACGAUGCGAUGAACACUUCCGAGCUCACAUCCGACGCACCAGCGAAGAACGAUACAUCGUCGCUCUCUCAUUCAACGACCAGCUUCAGUCGCUUGGAUCCUCCAAAACGCUUGCGAUGAAACGACUUGCCUCCCUCAACCGUCGAUUCCAACGCAACAAGCGCUUCGAAUCAGAAUAUCGAGCAAUAUUAUAAGAAUAUCUAGAGUUAGGACAUAUGACGAGAGUCAUCACCAACCACUCUCACAAUAACGGAUACUAUCUACCACAUCACGGCGUAAUCAAGGCAUCGAGACAAACCAUCAAACUCUGUGUCGUGUUCGACGGAUCGGCAACAAGCACCACCGGAGUUUCUCUAAAUAAUUACGCUUUAUGCAGGGCUCGAGUUACAGGAAGACUUGUUUUACAUACUUCUUAGAUUCCGCUCUCGUCAACAUUUCACAUUGAAAAGAUGUAUCGGCAAUUCCUCGUGCGACCAGAAGACCAAAAAUAUUAAAAAAUCUUAUGAUGCAGCGCGGAUGGGGAAACCGAAACGUACCAACUCAACACCGUAACGUUCGUUUUAUCCGCAGCCCCGUGUCUAACCAUUCGGUGCCUCAAGCAACUGGCAGAGGAUAAGGGACAUCGGUUUCCGCGGGCAGCGCAAGUCCUGCAGCGAGAUUUCUACGUCAACGAUGCCCUCACCGGAGCUGAGACGAAGAACAAAGCUCUUACACUGAGAGCAGAACACGCCGAGUUACUUAAAUUAGCAGGUUUAAACAUAGGGAAAUGGGCAUCAAACGGCAAGGAACUAUUACAAGAUCUCUCCGAAGAGGAGACAAACCACCAACAACAUCUGGGUGAUUCGCAAACUUUGAAAACGCUUGGUGUAUUUUGGAAUUCCUCUGACGAUUCCAUCCUUUACUCAGUCGAAAUCUGACCCACUAAAUCUAGGACCCGCUAGGAUUACUCGCGCCGGUGAUCGUUCGGGCCAAAAUACUGCUCCAACGAGUUUGGUCAUUGAAGGUCGAUUGGGAUGAGUCACUUCCGGUAGAUUUAUAUUCAGAAUGGAACACAGGUACUAUGCCCAGUUACUACUGCUAAACAACAUCAGGUUCCAACGCAAAGUAAUAAUCGAAUCCGCAACGGAGAUCGAAAUACACGGCAUCUGCGAUGCCAGCGAAAAGGCUUACGGAGCCUGCGUUUAUCUCCGAACCAUUAACCCUGACAGGUUCGUCUGGACACAGUUUCUAACAGCGAAAUCGAAGGUAGCCCCGAUCAAAUCCCAGGCCAUUCCUCGAUUCGAGCUGAGCGGAACACUGCUUCUCACGUCCCUGAUCUCGGGAAUACAGCAAGCCCUAUUGAACAACCUUACUCGAACCGUUUGUUGGACGGAUUCCACCAUCGUGCUUCAUUGGAUAAACACCUCGCCUCAUACGCCCAAAACAUUUGUCGCCAACCGAGUAUCCGAGAUUAAAACGAAGACCAGUAUUCGCGAUUGGCGCCAUGUUCUCACUAACAAUUCCGCGGAUCUAAUAUCACGAGGUCAAAUGCCCGAAGAGUUUCUGCGCCCGACUAUUUGGCAGCACGAUCCUGAAUGGCUCCAACAGUCGGAUGAGUGCUGGCCGACAUGGACACUAAAACCGCAAAUUGAAAUACGAAAAAGGGCGAUCUGUCUGUCCGCGACUCCCGCCGACUACAGUUUGUUACAGAGAUACUCAUCUUGGCCUAAACUAAUACGAAUCACCGCUCGCUGUCUUCGAUAGAAACAGAAACAAAACCGAGCGUCACCCUUAACCAUAGACGAAUUAAAUACAGCACACAACAAAAUUAUAAAAUUAUUACAAAACAGCCAUUUCUCCGAAGAAAUUAGCACCCUCCGUAAGGAUCGAGACGCGACGGUAAAAGGAAAACUCACGCGACUCAAUUCAUUUAUAAUCAUUCAUAAUCAUUCAUUUAUAAGGAAGGGAUGUUGCGACGUCGAAUCAUAUUGCUUAAAUCAGCCGUAACGGCUCUAAUAAUCGAACACGAACAUAAAAUCAACCUAUAUUCCGAAGCACAGGCUACGUUGUACGCAGUAAGACAAUGGUGCUGGUCCAUUGACGGCCGAAGUUAAGACUGGCGUACGGUAAAAGGUUGCGUCCGUUGCUGCCUGAGUCUUGGUUCUUUUUUAAUUAAUGCUACUUUUUUUUGUAAUAUUAAACUUUCAAUGAUUUAUAAAAAUUAAUAAAGUAGAGCUACUAUAAUCUGAAAUAAAGUAAUACAAUAUAAAAUCAAAGAAUGUUAAAUACAAAUUAGAAAAACUAAUCAUCUUCUUAGAUCAGGAUCUUCGGAUUUAACCCUUUCCGUGCCCAUUGUCAGGAUCUCAUUCACGUGCUCAGGUGCUACUUGAAUGGCAGAAAGAUAUUGAGCACGAUGACCAUAAUUAAUGCAGAAAUUUUUCAGCGACUGACAAUGGUGCACGACGUAUUUUCUACAUUGUGUGUGUGUCUGUGUGUGUCUGUGUGUGGUUAGACAGUGGUAUUGCGCCGUUUUUCUCAUUCGCUACAACUUAAAGUAUUAAAAAUGUUCAGACAUAUAUUAAUUUCAUUUAUAUAUCAAUAUAAUCACAAUUUGUGACAAUAUCAUCUACACAAUUAAGUGUAACCACACUGUUAAUAUUGCUGUCAAUUAAAGUUAUAAUUCCAAGUUUACUUACAUUUAUUUUAACAAUAUAAUUUCUUUAGACGUCUUUCAUCACGUUUUGCGCAAUGAUUAACUUCGUCAGUCGAUUUCAGGAAAAUGGUAGGCUAAUUUAGAGUAUGCAUAUUGUAUGUUAAGCUCGGAUGUUGGAGGCGUCCUGGGACAUCCUCUCUAGUGCUUUGCUCCCGAGUGUUUGUGUGAGAAUCGUAGAGUGGGUAUAUUGGUGUACUUGUUUUGCCUACUUAGUAGAGUAUAAAUAAGAACGGAGUAUUCUAGAAUUAUAUAACUCCAUUCAAACUAUUGUAGCUGUCCAUAUCAAUUGAGGAUUAAGAUCUUAAACCUAAGGAAGAUUCUUCAGUGAUCUGAAGCAUUUCUAAAAACAAUUCUGAUGAGCAGACUUUACAAAAGAACGAAUGUGUGAGAUUGCGAGCCCGUAGGACACGCGAAAUUAGCAAAAAUCGUCAGAGGGUAAAACGUGACCCUGUGACUUAAUUUAAGAAGUACACCGCGCCAACUUCAAAUUAAAGAAGCUUCCUGCUUUAUCCCGAAAAAGAAAACUGGUUACCAAGAUUAUCAAUGAUGACAUUUUGUUAUAUUCAUACUUUGCUAUUUGUUACUUUAUCACAUUGCACAUACAUUUCAAUUGUUCUAUUUUAUUAUCGGCAUAAUCUUUUUGUAAAUAGUGUUACGUGGCCUUUCUAAUAUUUUGGGGAAUUCGGCGCGGUUGCGGCACGCGCAGUGUUGAAGCACUUUGUUCGCGUAACAACUUCAAAGAAUUCGAAAAAACUAUUUCGAUGUUUAAAUGAAGAAAUACACAACAAAUUAACUUGAACAACAAUUUAUAUUUAAAACUAAUAGAUUGAAUACUUUAUCAAAGAUUUGCGUCGUUAUGAAAUUUACUUAAACUUUCAGCUCAGCGUGACGGUUCUAAUUUUGAGCCGCGGAGUAACCAUCGCUGCCUUGACAAUGUUCCUUCCCAUGAUAGCGAAAGUAAAUACGAAAUUUGAAAGUGAUCACAGUUAUUACUGAUAAAUAAUUUUUACAUUUAGUCAAUAAAUCUGUCAAAUAACUUUAGUUCGUUUGCCUUGGCUACGCUACUGUACAGUUAAAUUUGCAGCGCUAGAAUGUAUCCUAUUAUCAUACAAGAAAUUCACGCUAGAGGGAACCACAUACUUACGCCAGUUCAUAAGUUAGAGAUGAGAAUUUAAAGUGUUAAAACGUGUCAAGCACAUAAAGUUUGAUCGAAAUCUGUUGUGAAGUUCGGUUUAGCGUUAAAUUGUUAAAUAAGUAAUUUAAGUUUCUCGUUAUAAUAAAUAAAGUAUUUAUUGUGUUAUAAGUGUUGUUGAAUCAUUAGAAUUAACUGUCGAGAGCCCUAUAAGUGAGCCACAUAAAUGACAAACCAGGGAUACCUAUUCAGCUUCCAUGAAAAUACAGAAAAAAAUGCAUAAUUAAAAAGAUGUAAUUAUAGACAUUUAAAAAAUGAUAUCAAGUUUUGUUAAACAAUCUUUUAUACAAAUUUGCUUAUUUUACAUACUUAUUUUGAAAAUUGUAGUAAGUUGUGAUAAAUUAGAUGCUCGUGUUUCAUUAAAAGUGCAAGGAACGGGAUUUCAUAGAGAUUUAAUGUAUCAAGUACAUGUCGAUCAAUUUAUAGAAGAAUGUUAUGUAGCCAUUUAUUUACAACUUCCAUCUGCUCUAUAUGCUAAUGUUAAUGAAUUGACUAAUUUAAGAAGACUUGGAAUUAUUUCACAAUUUCAGAGUACAGUAUGCGUUAAUGGAGAGUCUGACAUUGAGUUAUUUGCAGAGGAAGCACAGAUACAAACUGUAACCAUUUGCUCCAGUUUGAUUCGUGCAGGAUGUACUUUAAAAGUUCCAAUACAUCAACGUUAUCAACAUGCCAACGAUAGUAAUAAAUAUAUGAACAUUACUUUACCAAACCCAACGCUAUUAUUAGGUUGUAAAGAAAGAAUUAAGGAUUAUAGAGUUUCUAAACUUGAUUUGUGUUCUCCAUGCGUAGAGAUUGUAUCUAAGUGGAGAGAGAUUCCAUAUAUCAUGGAUAAGGAAGACAUAUGGACAAUACCAGUUGGUGAAACAACUAUGUUACCUGUAGUAACUUUUAUCACAUUUUCAUUAACUAUUUUAUGUACACUAUGUCUUAUACAAACAAUUUGGAAAUCUAUGUCAAAACAACAUUUUAAAACCCAGUAACAUGUUUUAAAUAAACUUGUUUGCAUAAUAUAA